ACCAAUGAUACAGUGUCAAGUGCACACAUCUUGGAGCCAAAAUGAAGAUUUUUGCAACUCUCUUGCUUCUCGGCGCCUUUGUCGCAUAUGUGUCGGCCUUUGAGAUGCCCUUUCACAAGGCUGUGUUCAAAUUCCUAGAUGAGCGACAUGAUGAAAGAAUGGCACAGGUUGUGAGAGACUUUGGAUUACCAGAAGACACUUUGGCGUUGAAUGAUAUCAAUGCCACCAACGCUACAGCACCUGCCAAACCCGUCAAACCAGAGGGAUUCCCAACAUUUCUUAUAGCAUGCGUGGGUAAGGCACAAGUCUGCUGGAAGGUUGCGGGUCAUGACGAAUGUAAAAAGCUCGGAUGCAUCGACAACUUUUUUAAGUGUAUAAAAGAAAACCAUCCCACUCCGCUGCCAGAGCUUUCCCCACUAGAGAAAGGCUGCUUAUUUUUGCUUCACAUAUGCAGAAAAGGUUCUCCUACUUGUGCUGGUGAAUUGUGCUGCUUCCUUCGUAUUAAGAAGUGCUUCGAAUUAGCAGAGGGAAAGGAGUAACUCCUGGAGUAAAUAUGUUACAUUGUUACCAUGACAACUAGUAGAAAGAUAUCGAUUUUCAAUCAGGCUCAAUUUUCUUUUAUAUUAUCAAAGUGUGUAGUUUAGUUGUGAUGAAUAAAACGCAUAUACGGAA